UACAGAAAGCAAGAGCAUCCCAAUCAUCUCUAUGAAGGUAACUUUCUAUUUACUUCACAUGCAUGCAUGUUAAUAUAAAGAUAUAGUUUGGCAAUCCCUCCUUGAUUGGCUAACGUGCUCAUAUUCUAUAAGGUCAUAGACAGCCAGUAAAUCGAGCGAAGCAGUAGCUCUAAAAUGUAGCUACCAUCAUCCAAUAAGAAAACUGUCAACAACUAAAAUGUUCGUUUCGAGCUGGCAGCCAGCUAUUUUUUAAAUCUUACUUUGGCCCUUCUUCUUUGAAGUCUAAACAAUCUCCAGGAUCGCGGUCGAAUUUGUAAACUUCGUAAGACACUGAUGUUUGUUUGAAUCCAUUGUAGGCACUUUACUUUUGUAAGUGACUUUAAAAAGCAGCAAUUUCAACAAAACUUUGAAAUAUACAAUCACAUAUGUUCAGAAUGAAGAACUUCUUAACCACAUUUAAUUCUCCUGUAGGCACAACCUCCAGCAGACAAAUUUCGCAGGUGCGUCUCUAACAUAAAAUAGCAAUUAUUUAAUAUUAUCUUGACAUUUAUGAUAAAGAAUCUUGCAUGUAACUUAUCUGAUUUUAUGUUGCUCAUUUUUCUGUGAAGUUGAAGAACUUAUGGCACACUUUUUUAUUUAUGGACGACUGUGGGAAAAAUUCCUUGUUCUCACGGUCCAAUAGUUGUCUGCUGUCAGUGAGAAGAAAUUAAAGUGAAAUCACAAGUUUUUCAUUGUCUAUUUUCAAUGUCAUAGUCACACAAAGGGGAUCGGCUGGGUCAGUCAAGGCUAGGGUAUAAGCUGAUUCUUCUUGUUCUUCUUCUUUCUUUCUUUCUUUCUUUCUUGCAUCUAUUUAUUAUUAUUAUUAUUUUUAUAACGUCCACAGUCUUCACCCGAGGAAACUGGUGUUGGAGACAUGAUAAUGGAAGAGAGAAGUUCUGAUUACGCUUACACAAAUCCUGUCCAGGUAACAUAUUGUUAAAUUUUGAUCUUGUUUUAUUCAUUUAUAUCUUUGCUUAUUUAUUUAUUUUCUCUACUAUCCACAGUCCUUUUCCGAGGAAACUGACACUGGACACAUGAUGAUGGAAGGAGCUUCAUGCCCCGAGAGACCUUGUGAUUACGCUUACGCAAAUCCUGUAGAAAUCACACCUCCUUCUUUGAUCUCGCGGAGCACAAGAACGGGGUACGUUCCCGCUGAUGCCUCUGCUAAUCAACAAUCACCAGCAUCUGUUGAAGUCAGGUCACCAGCCAUUUAUAUUCAUAAAAGUUACGAAGACACGAACAAUAUUAAUACACAGAACAGCUUAUUUACUGAAGGUAAAAACGACUGCGUUAAGGAUGAAUGUUAUCGAAUGGAAGAAUAUAGUGAUUUCAAUUGCCUCUUUUUGACUAGCAAUUUUCUUUCUCUUCCUUCGUAUCUAAAAAUUUUCGAUAGGAUAUCCUCGGACAAUCACUAAUUAAUAAGUAAAACGGAAUUACUCGUCAUUAGUGUCACCGACCUAUGUUUAUGUACUAGGUAACUUGUUAAAUAUUCUAAAGAAAGAUUUGAAAACAACAAUCACAUAUGUUAAAAGAAAAGGACUGCUGAACUCUUAAUAUUUUUGCCUUGCAGGGACCAUAUCAAGCCCAAUUUCACAGGUACACUUACUUUAAUAAAAAAAAAAGUGUAUAAAGAAUAAAAUUGCAUUUAUUAUUAUUCUAAAAAUAUUCAUAAUAUUUAAAGGGAUGAUUGAUGGUGUAAGCUUAUACCUUCUAAUGAUGCUACAUAUUGAGACUAGAUCGUGGGUGUAAUUAUGUGUAAUGGGAGCAAUAAUAUUUGAAAAGUUGAAAUUCUGCUACUUUUGGAAGAAUAUACUCUGCCUCUAAACCAUUCAGAUUGGGUAUUUUUUGGGCUUCUUGGAACCGACCUCAGAGACAUGCCUCCCUUACCACCGUCAAGAUGACGUCAUAUAGUUGAAUUUAUUAGCUGGACCUAUCUUUUCCAAUUACUUACACCAAGAAUUGAUUUGUAGUAGAAAAACGUGAAAAAUUAAUGGGUGAGUUAUGAAUUUAGCUGAUACUUUGACACCAUUACCAGAUUCAAAUUUAUUCUUUUCUUGAGAAAAUUUGCUUAUUUAGUUACACUUCCUGAUCCAAAUAUAACUAAUGGAGCGUAACAGUUAUCUUUCGUCCACAGUCUUGUCCUGAGAAACCUGAGACUGGAUACAUGACGAUGGAAGGAUCUCCUUGCCCCAGCAGUGCUUACGAUUACGCUUACGCGAAAACUUCAAAACUCACUGAACGUUUAUCCACUGGAUACCUCGGUGACACUACGUCACGAAAUCAACAACAAUCACGAUCUGAUGAAUUCAGAUCAUCUGCAUUUUACACUGAUAAAGAUUGCGAGAAUGCAGAAAACACCUGUGUGAAGAACAGUUCAUCUUAUCAAGGAGCAAACGUCGAACGUUUGCAGGUGGAUUGUGGAGCUUCUCCUCUGUCAUAUGAAAAUUUUCCCGGUAGCAGCUCGGGACAUUUUUCAGAGGAGAGGAUCGAUCCUGACGAGUAUGUUGAAAUGGGAAUGAGAAGAAGCGUGCGGUUUGCGGAUAGUGAAGAUAGAUAUGAUCGCAGUGCCUUACCCAAGGAAAAAGGAGGCCCGUUUCUCGUGGAAAUUGAGAAAUUAAGAUCACCAACGAUAUCCCCUGAUAAACAUAACGAGAAC